AUGAGUGCGUUUGCGCUCUCGACACCAUCGCCCUCAGAAUGCUCUGCCGUCGAGAAGCGGAACGUGGGUCAGGCGCACCGUGGACCGUCACGUAGCAAGGGCAAGAUAGAUGCAAUGGAUGUGGGAUUCGAGGAUGCAGUGCCGUCGACCGGUGGCGCGACAGAGGAUCUUCUAGAUGCGGUGGUAGAUCUCUGGGACCAUGGCAGCAAUAACAACAUAAUACUCCAGCCUUCGAGCUUCGCUUUCGAGGCUGACGAGCUCAGUGCUUCACCAGAAAUGUCAGACUAUCCCUUCGAUACAAAUCCAUACCUGGAUACCCAAGAUUUCCUUCUCCCUUUGCCGUAUCCCACGCCUGUUGGUGUGGACAUGGAGAUGGACAUGUUGAUGGCGGAAAAGCCAGGCCCUCUGGUGGACCUGACGGCCCUUCUGGCGAAGAUGUCACAUUACGAGAGCCAGAUAUCGAAGCUACCGGGCGGCGACCUGGACAGCUAUCCCAUCGGAGAUGCCCUCUUCCUCUCCCAGCGCUUCUUCACAGUGCUAUCCGAACACGAGCAGGUCCAUUCGAUAGAAGCCUCAUCACACCUCGACAUGCCUACGAAAUUGCUCACCCUAUCCUGUUAUAUGACCCUGACACGCAUUUUCUCCUCUGUUUUUGGAUACCUAUAUGAUCGCCUCUGCCAACUUCCAGAAGCAACUUUCCCUCUGGAUAGCGGAACACACUCAGUUUCGUCCCUACCUGACAUGCACGCCUACCGAGGACUUCGCCUGGGCCAGAUACAACCCAUCUGCGCUUGUGCGGGAAAGGAGUCGGCCACUCGAGUGAGAAAAGCAGUAUCAAUGCUGCUUGGGUCCCUCAGCGGUGCUGAAAGAAUGCUUGGUCUGCCACCCGACGUGAGAGUAAUGGCCAACGCUCAUGCCGGCAAAGUGGUGUCCACUUUGGCCGAGCAAGGAGACGAGAGGAUGAUGGUUCUUGAGGAUGGUCUGCUUAUUGGUCUAGCAAAUAGCCGCCUGCACAAGGUGGUGAAGGAGCAGGCGAGAGAGCUGCGAGGAAAGGUAGACGAUGUUUACGAAGUUCUAAAGGGGCUCUUGGACGUAUGA